AUGGAAAGCCCAGCUGGCAAGCAAGGCGAAGUACCAUCGCGGAUGGUCCGAGUCGAUGAUGAACAUGACAAGACCUGUUACUGUCGGCGAUAUUUGCUCUUUUCCAGAACCAAAUGGAGCCUCACGCUCGACGUCCUCGACGAGGCAGACCUUGAAAACGCGAUGCCCUUCGGUGCUGUAGACGCAGCAACCGGUGAGGGAUUGAGAACGACAGCCUCCAAAGUGAAGGGUUUGAUCGGCAAAGUGUCAGGCAUAGUAUCAGAGAAUGAAUACGAGGGCGAUCAAGAGGAGGUAUCCGCUAACUGUGCCGACUUUCACUAA